AUCAAUAGUAAAGUACAAAGGGUAAAAUGUCCUUCCUUCUUUCAUUAUAAUUUUCAACCGUUCAUCUUUGCCAGCGUUCACACGACUGUUUGGUUCACCAUGAGGGAGUUUGGCCUUAUUUUGUUCAUUUUUGCUCUUUAUCACAACAUUCAGGCCCAGACUGGGAAACCGGAUGUAUGCAGAAUGGAGCCUGAAAAAGAUGAUGGAUCGGGAGCUGAUGUUAAGACUUACAUGUACUAUGAUCAGACUAAAGACAAAUGUUUCCCUUUCCGUUACAAUGGAUUGGGUGGGAAUGGAAACCGCUUUCUAACUGAGAAACAGUGCAUGAGAAACUGUUCUGCUAGAGCUUCAGACCUGUACCCCAUGGAUGAAACUCAGGCUUGCAAACUUCCUAAAAAACCAGGUGAAUGUCUCAAUAACUACAUGAGAUAUUACUACAGCCCUGAACAUCAAACAUGCAAGCCUUUCUUCUGGUCUGGUUGUGUAGGCAAUGGAAAUCGCUUCCUCUCAUUUAGUGACUGUAAUGCUACAUGUUACAGGGCGGAAGAGAAUCCUUCAGAUAAAACCAGUGCACCAGUCGGAAUUAUCUUGGGCUCUAAUAUUUUAGCAUAUUAGAAUUCAGACACAAUUUGAACACCUGCCAAAAUCAUAGCCCCCUUCAACUCUGAGGUUUGCAAGGUCAAAGACCCUCAUGAUUCAUUAACACUGUACUUAAAUAUAUACAAUUACUGAUAUACUUAAAAUAC